GUCAAACCACGUCAAACUCAACAAACUGGCCGUUCGACGUUUAUAUGGAAAAAAUGGAAGGGCCCGGUGGGUCCCAUAAAUCUUCAAACAAUUUAAUACAAAUAUUUGUAAAUUAUUCUUUACUGUUAAAUAUUUAUUUUAAAUUGCGGAGGUUUGGACUUGAUUCAUGAGUCAAGAGACUUGUGCACGAAAAUUUGGAUUGGUCAUCAUCGUUGAGAAACAGGUGCAGUCCGUUUUCUUCACUUUUCUUCUGAUUCUCAGUCCAACGCUCAUAGCGAAAUACAUCAUCACUUCGUCGCGGUACAUCAUGGAGUACGUUGGUACAGCAAAGGGUGACAGUAACGAAAACUGCUGUGUUCCCGAAUUGAUAACAAAUUCAAAAUCUGAAACAACUUCAAUAGAGGGGUCAAAAAGCGGAUUAUCUGAAUCUGAUUCAAAACCAAAUGACAAUGCUGCCGCAACAUCACAGAAGACAUUUAAAGAAACGAUAGAACUUAAAAUUAUUUAUAACAAACAAAAAAUUGACAUCAGCUUUCCAUUAGAUGAUACUGUCAAAGAUCUGAAAGCUCACUUACAAGAUGUUAUCGCCGUCCCACAGGCAAUGCAAAAAGUAAUGAUCAAAGGAUUGGCCAAAGAUGAUCAAACCUUGAGAAGUCUGGGUGUUACAAAGGGUGCCAAAAUCAUGAUCGUUGGUUCUAAGCUCGACGAUGUAUUAGCCGUCUCUACUCCAACAAAACAAGACCUUGUCGAUGAGGCAGCUGCCGCGGCGAAUAAAGAACCCUUGUCGCAACAAAAAAUGCACCGCAAAGUUUUAGAUAAAGGUAUUCCCGAGGAUGUGAUACCUGGUAUACUCGAAAGCAAGGAAUCACUCCCGGAUUUUCCACUCGCUGGGAUGUUGAAUAAAUCAGGUGGAAAAGUUCGCCUUACUUUCAAACUGGAACAGGAUCAACUGUGGAUCGGCACCAAGGAACGAACAGAUAAAAUACCAAUGAAUUCGAUAAAAGGUGUACUCAGCGAACCCAUCCACGAUCAUCCAGAGUAUCACAUAAUGGCAAUACAAUUAGGCCCAACCGAAGCUUCGAGAUAUUGGAUAUACUGGGUACCUGCGCAAUACGUCUCAGCUAUCAAAGACUCAAUUUUGGGUAAAUGGCAGUACUUCUGAUUCAAUGGCGCAUUAGAAAUGUCUCUGCAAAUAAAAUGGACAGAUAGGGCAAAAAUCGAAACGGACGACUGUGCUAGUCAACCAUUUUUCAGAGUAAGUUAUUACUGGCAUCGUUUCAUUAAGCGAUAAGCCGUGGUCAUUCGGGGUAUUUCGAAUACAAACAAAAAAUUCAUCCCGUAAAUAUAAAUUGGCGAAUGUAAUUGAAAAAACUCAUCAGCAUAUAAAUUAGAUAAUAAAAGCUUCAUUCAAUGUCUGGCUCUUUUCGAGCUUUAAGCUGUAGAUUUUAUUAUUCAUCAAAGGCGAAACGGAAACACAUCUCUCACAUCUUUCAGAUUUCGUAAUAUUCGAUAUUCGUGUGUAUAUAUUUUACAUAAUUUUAUAUACUUAGUUAAAAUACCUCCAUUGAGCUUUCAACUUUCAGCAAGUCAGUUGAAAAGAAAUUCCUUUGUGAAUAUUGAAUAUCACAUAAUCAAAGCUUUUAUUUUUUUGUUAAAUUAUAUUAUAAGCUAAUAUUGAGCUAUGAGUAAACUAACGCAAUACACAAUCUUUGCGCAAUUUUCCAGUUCAACAUGAGCAUACAGCACUCCUACUUGAAUUCUUCAAAAUUCGAACAGUAUUCUGUACGAAAUUCAUUCAGCAAGAGUUUAUCUGGCUCAGUGUAAUUUUUGCACAAUUUCUCCGAAAACAACACGAAUUAAGGUGUGUACUCGAAUGGUAUAAGUCCAAAGAGCGAAAUCAUAAAUUCGUUGUACACGUUGUUCAUGCAGUUGUUUAUGUUUCUUUGGAUCAACUCAUUGUCAGUUUCGAUUAUUAUAGUAUCAGUAGCGCGGUAAUAGCAACUUGCGUUGCAUAUAAUCAUUUCGUUCAAACAUAUUUUAAGCGAUUGGAACAUUUUGAAGUACAAGUUUUUCGUCAUUGCUUUAUGAUAAAAUCGAUAUGUACCUGUGUGCAUACGUGCGCAAUAAUUGCGAACGUCUGUAUACGUAUAAAUAAAUAAAUAAAUGAAGAAACGGGAACACACAUGUAUCGCUACAGUUAUAGACUUAUCAUCAUAAAUGUAACAACGACUUUUACACCAAAUAGAACAUAACAUUUGGUUAUGAUUUACCAAUUGGCCUAGGUGUUGAGGAAAAGUCUGAAACAAGUUAUCUACUCAAAGCACAAAAUACGAAUCUUCAUCUCACGUAAGAGGUAGCUCAUAAAUUAGAUUUUAUACCAUCUUGAAGCGUACCUAUGAUAUCUGGAUAAAUAUUCGGUGAAUCAAUGAGGUCAACUUCCAAAUAGCUCCCACCUCUGAUGUUGAUGAAAUUUCACAGGCAUGUCAUAUGUACAAAAUUAAGUCAAAUCUCUAAGUAAUAUUUUGCGGAACCAUCUAGUUCUUGAAAUGCAAUAUUUUCAUUCUCAUGUUGGAAAUUGUUUAGUUUAGCUAUUUUAUGUUCGGAUUAACUUGAAAAUCUUUUUUGUGUAUGAUAUUUUUAGUAUAUUGUAGACUUAUCAUAAUAUUAGUAUAUUGUGCACCUUGGGUGCAAAGGCGGUUUUCGCUCCUGAGUGUGUAGUAGCUAAAAUAUAAACAAAAAAUAAACUAAAAUUUCAUUGAAAAACUCUUUCUAUUGAAAUUUUAUUAAAAUCGGAGGUGGGGGCUAUUCGGAAGUCUUACCAAUCAAUGAUUUUCGGUUCAAUUGUUUUUUUUAUUAAAUAACCCAAGCAAAAUAAGUAAUCCUGGUGUACAACAGGGUGUGAUUUUAUAUGAAUAAAACGAGUGAGAAAUAAUUAUAAGUUUCUACUUUUACCAUCACCUUGACAUUAAUGAACGUUUUAUGGAGUAUGUUCAAGGCACAAUAUAGUCUAUGAGUUCGAUUAACUUUCAUAAUGUCAUCAAUAGUUGCAGUACUUUUGUUAAUGUUACGAGGCUGAAUGACUUCCAUGUCAUAUACAUACAUAUAUUGGUGAAAUAGUAAAAACUAAAGUCAGAAAAAUUAAAUAAGCCAUUGUCACUUUAGAUGCAACAUGCCUCUAAAAAUUGGGAGUAGUUUUCAAUUUGACAAGUGUAAUGGUUUAGGUGUAAUAAACUUAGUGUAACUGA